AGCCCCGCAGCUCCGCAGCUCAGCCCGCGCGUCUGGGGAGUGCUGGCCCCAUCGCCAUGGGCAAGUUCUCUAUGGAUCCCUCGCUGGAGGCGAAGAUGCACCAGUACCAGAUCGUGGGCCGCGCAGCACCCACCAACAAGAACCCCACGCCCAAGAUUUACCGCAUGCGCAUCUUUGCACGGAACGUGGUGCUCGCCAAGUCCCGGUUCUGGUACUUCAUGAAGCGGCUCAACAAGGCCAAGAAGAGCGGAGGAGAGGUGCUGGCCGUGAACGAGCUUCACGACACUACGCCGACCAAAGUGAAGAACUACGGGAUCUGGCUCCGAUACGACAGCAGAACCAACACGCACAACAUGUACAAGGAGUUCCGCAACGUGAACAUCAACGGGGCGGUGGGUCAGCUCUACCAGGAGAUGGCCGGGCGACACCGUGCGAGCCCGGGCUCCAUCCAGAUCAUCCAUGCGGCCACCGUGGCGGAUGAGAACUGCCGAAGGGACCACGUCCUGGAAAUGCACGACCAGAAGUUGAAGUUCCCGGUGGUCAGGAAGGUCCCAAACUCGGUCAAGAAGCUGCGCACCACCUUCAAGGCGAAGCGCCCGCAGACCUUUGUGCGAUGAGGUGGUGCUGCAAGGCUGCGGAGGGCCAGAGCCGGACCGGAACAAAAAGA